UGACGUCGGUGAUCUGUUUUGGGCACCGCGCGCGCGCGCGCGAGUUUUCAAUACACCACGUGAUGCCGGUUGAUAAUAGCAAUUCGUAGUGGAUGGUGCCAGAGGGUUUUUGGUAACAGUCGAAUUUCACUUUCCUCGCGUUGCCGGGUCAGUCACACCGUUUCACUAAAAACGAGGAAGCAGUCAGCCAGUUGACAAUAAACGUUUAGGGAAUCGUCAAGUUUCUGGGUCAUCCACAGAAUUAAUUUCAUUUAACGGACUAAACUCUUACUUUCUCUCGUCCUGGCUUACAGAAGAUAUAAAUGGCAACUGGGAUGAAAUUUCUAAUAUUCAUCGUAGCAAUUUUCUUCCUAAUUAUUACUUAUUAUAAGACAGAAGCUGGACCGUAUAGAGGUUACAAUUAUGGCUACUAUGGUUCAGAUGAAACCAGAUUAAAUACUUAUCUAAAGAAAGUAUUAGAUCCGUUAAAAGAACAGAUGAAAACUGGCAUUCCGCAGUUUGGACUUCCUGUUUUGGAUCCUCUAGAUCUUGGAAACAUCAGUAAAAGUUUCAAUAACGAAAAAGUAAAUUCUAGUUUAUUCAUUCAAAAUCUAGUAAUUUCGGGAUUAUCGAACUUUACUCUGUAUAAACUCGACGCUCAUCUUAGAAAUUUAACUGUAGUGAUUAGAGUUGUUUUCCACAAAGUUAUGAUCGACAGUGAGAGAUAUAUUUUAUCGGGAAUGGCAGCUAAAAUAUUUCCUUUAAUCGGAGAUGGAAGAAUGAGCAUACACGCUAAUGAUGUUGAAGUAACCAUUUCCUUAACAUUCUCGUUUCCUUCAUCCGGAAAUGCAAGGAUAGAAGAUGUAGUAUUGGACAUGGAUUUCCGUCAAGCUAGUGUCUAUUUUGAAAAUCUCUUCGGUGGAGGUAGUCUGGGUGACGUAAUUAAUGCAUACUUAAGCACGAGUGGGAAAAAAUUGUAUAAUACUGUCAAACCAAAACUUUUAACUCAAGCGUCGGAAUUUAUUAAGGAAAGAGGGAAUGAAGCGCUUAGUAAAUUCAAUCUCGGAAAACUUUCUCUCAAGUAAUGCAUGACUAAUCGGUGUAUAUUUUAACGCUAUCCUUUAUAAGGAUACAGUUAUUGCUCGCUAUUAGUUAGGCAAGAAACUGUAUUGCAGAUUACGUAGCUUCGGAGAGUAGUUGAAGCGGCUAUUUAAGGCACGAUAUUUUCAAUAAUGUGGCAUUUAUUGAAAUUAGAACGAAGCUAAUUAUAAGCUCUUUCAAGCCAACUGCAACAUUGGAAUGUAAAGAAAUCUAUUACUUAAUUUAUGUGAAACAGUGUUUGUAAUGAAUGUAAGCCUAGUAGAUCCCACUCACAAAGUGCAAAUGUAAGAUAUACAAUUAGAAUUUUAUGAAAUUGUAUUAUUGUAAUAGCGAUGUUUAAUUUCAUAUAAUAAUUUUACUUUAAGAAAUUUUUCUAUGAUUUUAAUUCAUUAGAUAGAAGUGUUAAAAUUUAGAUCUGAUGGUUGAAUUUUAUUCAUUGUACGAACGAAAAUAAAAUAAUUUAUAUUUUAAAUGAAAUUUAAUGUCAUAUUUUAAUUAAUGUGACACAAAAUUUGAUGGAAAGCAUCCGUACUAAGAUUACUAAUUGGAUUUCUCUUUAUAUCCAAUUAGUGAUAAUGUAAAUAAAUAGCUUAACUGGUUAUAUACUUAGACAGCAUUUAAUUUAUCUUAAAUAAAUAAAAUAAUAAAUAAAAUCAAUAAUAUUUAAAACUUAACAGAUCAAGUUGCCUAUUUACUUACAGGUUAUCUAUUACCGCACAAUUCCUUUAAUUCAUUUUAAAAAGAAUGAUACGUUUUUGUCAUUACACUCGAAAAAAAUCCAGCAACGAGUUGCUUGACUUUCCCGGCAACAUUUAAAACUGCUUGUG